GAAAUUAAGGGGAAAAAAAAGUAGUUUACUAAAAUCCAAGACUUUGAGCGUUGAGGAUCUAUCAUCAGGAAUUUAAAAAAAUAUCCAAAGUCCGGCCAGCUGUAGUAUAAAAGGGUAACAAUAACUGGGCGUGACUGCUGCUAUCACAGAACAGAACGAGCAACACGGAGGACAUGUCCACCUCCAAUCAUGCUCCAGAACUCCAAACUCCACUUUUAUACGACAUCGUUGAUGACUCUGUUGACCAUAAGGGCCGACCCGUUUAUAGAUUCAAUUCUGGUGGAUGGAGAUCCGCAGGUUUCAUCAUAGGAGUGGAAGUUGCAGAGAGAUUCGCGUAUUACGGGAUAUCUUCCAACUUGAUAACGUAUUUGACCGGUCCGUUGGGUCAGUCGACGGCAACUGCGGCAGAGAACGUGAAUAUGUGGGCGGGGACUGCGACGUUGCUGCCGAUAUUAGGUGCUUUUGUUGCUGAUUCUUUUCUUGGCAGAUACACAACUAUCAUUGUUGCUUCGCUUAUCUAUAUCUUGGGACUUGGCUUGUUGACUCUAUCAGCUCUACUUUCGACUCACACCGCUACUGAUUUGCCAUGUUCCCCUCCUCCAUUUCAACUGAUUUUGUUCUUCUUUGCUCUGUAUUUAGUAGCGAUUGGUGAAAGUGGGCACAAGCCUUGUGCUCAGGCUUUUGGAGCUGAUCACAAAAAUUGUAACAGGUUCCUCAACAAAGCCCUGCUUGCACCAAACGGCUCAAAGGAAGAUGGGAAUGUAUGCAGCAUCAGUGAUGUUGAAGAAGCUAAGGCAUUACUUAGGCUUGUUCCAAUAUGGACUUCAUGCUUAGUCUUUGCUGUAGUGUUUGCGCAGAGAUCAACUCUCUUUACUAAGCAAGCAGUUACGAUGGAUAGAUCGAUUUCACACGGUAUCGAUUUUCCAGCGGCUUCACUUCAAUUCUUUAUGAACCUCUCCAUUGUACUCUUCAUUCCAAUAUAUGACCGUGUCUUUGUUCCCUUAGCAAGAGCUUUAACCAGAAAACCCUCUGGCAUUACAAUGCUUCAGAGAAUUGGAACUGGUAUUUUUUUAUCUGUCAUGACUAUGGUCAUUGCUGCUCUCGUUGAGAUGAAGAGGCUCAAAACUGCCCAAGAACAUGGACUGGUUGAUCUGCCAGAUGUGACGAUUCCAAUGAGUGUUUGGUGGUUAAUCCCUCAAUAUGUCUUGCUUGGCAUUGCUGAAUCGUUUACCAUGGUGGGAUUGCAAGAAUUUUUCUAUGAUCAGGUCCCCAGUGACCUGAGGAGCGUUGGUAUUUCACUCAACCUUUGUAUCUUUGGUACAGGAAACUUUCUAAGCAGCUUUCUUAUAUCUGUCAUUGAGAAAGCAACUGGUGGGAAUGGCCGAUACAGCUGGUUUGAUAAUAAUCUGAAUCGGGCUCAUCUUGAUUACUUCUAUUGGCUACUAGCUGGGAUGAGCGUGGUGCAAAUGGCUUUCUACGUUUAUUCUGCAAAAUCUUACAUUUAUAAUAGGAGAGGUGCCGUGUAAAGAGAAUGUCUUCUUAUUGUUACUGCAAUGGAUGAAACCAGAACACUACCUGCAACAGGGGAGCAGCCUAAGAUGUAAAUUUCCUUCUUCGUUUUACAAUUCAAAAUGUAAUAUUUAUGUGAAUGGAUGAACUACUGCGUCGUCGUUGUUGGUCUAUAUGUUCUUCAUAUGUCUAGGCUAUAUAUUCUGUAAUUGAUUGCUGCAAUAAUUCAAUACAGCUCGGCCUAAUUAAUCAGGUCUAUGUUAAA